AUGCGCACGCUCCCCCUCCUCUUGUCCCUCGUCGCGGGAGCUUCAGCUGGCACCGUUUUGGCUCCCGUGAACAAGAAGAAGCUGGACAUCCCAUCAACGCUCCACAAACGCGACGGUACACUGAACCUCGAUGGCUUCAACAACAUCUCGGGCGGUGGCUACUACGCCAAGUUCGAAGUCGGCACGCCGCCUCAAGAACUCAGUUUCCUCCUCGACACGGGCAGCAGCGAUACUUGGGUGAAUUCGGACGACACCGACUUGUGUAACGACCCUGAGUUGCAGGCUCAGAUUGGCUCAUGCUACGCCACAUGCAUUAGCACAUACAAAGUUCUCGAUCGCAAUGGCUUCGACAUUAAGUAUCUUGAUAGCCGUCGCAUCGAGGGCGACUACUUCGAGGACACCGUAACCAUUGAUGGCAAGAAGAUCAAGAAGCAGCAGCUUGGUCUCGCCGUCACCUCUGUCCGCCCAACUGGCAUUAUGGGCCUGGGCUUCUCCGCUAACGUCGCCGCCGAGAAGCCGUAUCCCGCCAUUGUCGAUACCAUGGUCUCUCAGGGCUUGAUCGAAAGGGCGGCUUUCAGUCUCUGGCUCAACGACCUCUCCGCCGAUGAUGGAAACAUCCUUUUUGGCGGUAUCGACAAGUCCAAGUUUGUCGGCAAGCUCGCUACCCUGCCCCUCGUGGCUUCAGCCAGUUCCUUAGACGGCAACGUCACCUCGUUCGCCGUCAACAUCAGGAAUAUGGAGGUCACGAUACCGAGCGGCCAAACCAAACUCAGCCUUGAGGGCUUGGGCUCCGGCUCUGUUGCCAUCCUCGACUCUGGCUCCACCAUAUCCCUUAUUCCUGACAGCCAAGUCAAGGAUAUCUACGACCGCUUCGACAUUCUCUCCCUCGGCUCCAGUGCGGUCCCCUUGGUUGACUGCGCCUACGCCAAUGACAAGGGUGAUGGCAUCAGUUUUGAGUUCGAGUUCAAGGACAAGACCAUCUCAGUCCCCAUGGACGAGAUGGUGAUUAAUGCCUUUGCAGACCAGCAGAGCGCAUUCGAAGACCCGCGAUUAGACCAGUAUUUUGGUGACUGGGAUGGUGUCUGCAUGUUCGGCCUCAGCGCCGCCAGCAACUACGGUGUCAGUCCCAAGGGCUUCUUCCUCCUUGGCGACACAUUCCUGCGUUCCGCCUACGUUGUCUACGAUCUUGCCAACGAGCAGCUGGGCAUUGCUGAGGCCAACCCCGGCUCCAGCAAGAGCGACAUUGUGGAGCUGAACGCUGACGACAAGGAUUUCCCUGAUAUCCAAGGUGUCGCCACUGGCCACCUGGUCCCUGCCCUCAUGGCUAUGUUCAUGAUGGGUUUGGGUGCUUUGGUGACAGUUCUGUAA